UUUCAGCCGUAAAGCCUGCGUUUUGCUCCCUGAUGUGGUGGAUUUUGGUCAGCAGUGCUUAAAAGGAAAGAAAAAAAAAGGUCCUUGACUACCCCGAGGACCUUGACUCCUCCCGCAUGAGUGCCCACAGGCUUAUUUUGUCACGGACUUUUCCAGAAAUCCGCGUUUCUGGCCACCUCAGUGCCCCGGUGCUGGCCCCGGGGCAGGUGGGCGGCAUCACCCACUGAUUGCACCGCCUGGCGCGGCCUUAUCAGCGGGACCAGGGGGCGGGGUGGCCUCUAGAGCCCGGAACCCGGCCCAGAGCAGCCCCAGCGCAGGUGGAGGCCUCUCAUCUACCAUGGCAUCGAGGCUUGUUCCAAAAGCGGCUGCCGAAGAGGGAGGAUCUGGGUGCACGGAGAGCCACGCGGUUCUGCUCAGCCCGGUGGGGAAGCUCGAGAUAUCGGGCUGUGAAACGGGUCUACAUGAGAUCAAACUGCCCCAACCCAGCGCGCUGCCCAGCGGCGGGGCCGAGCCCUGGGCCGCCUGCGAGCUGUGCGGAGGCGCGGAGGAGCUGCCGGAGCCGCUGCGGCAGUGCGCGGCCUGGCUGCGCGCGUACUUCUGCGACCCAGGGAGGACAGCCAGCCUGCCCCUGCCGCCCUUCCACCACCCGCUGCUCCGCCGAGAUUCCUUCACCAAACAAGUGCUGUGGACCCUGCUGAGGGACGUGAAGUUCGGCGAGGCCGUUUCCUACAAGCAAUUAGCGGAUCUCGCCGGCAACAGCAAAGCGGCCCGAGCGGUGGGAGGAGCGAUGAGGAGCAAUCCCAUCCCGAUCAUAAUUCCGUGCCACAGGGUGAUCCGCAGCGGCGGGCAGACCGGGAACUACGGCGGGGGACACGUCCUCAAAGAGUGGCUCUUGUCGCACGAGAAGCUCCAGAAAGAGAAGCUGGCACCGUGAUGCAGCUCAGCGAACCAGCCAAGGCAUAAAACCACGGACACUUGGCUCGUAACAAGCUCUCACAGCACCCGGCAGAAUUCAGAACAAAAAAAAAAACGGUAAAUAUUUGAGUGACAUAUAAAUAUAAUGCAACAUCCGAAGUGAAAUGUGCGGUGGCACCACUAUAUUAAAAAAGCGGGAUGCGUCCUGGGGGAUGCAGCUCGUCUGCCCUUUCUUGUUUUUACAUUUUACAGCAGAAUGACUACAGCGGGCCAGCCCUGGGGUUUGUUCCCAUCUCCGGGCCUGUUUUGUUCUAUUUUUAAUGUCCAUUAAAGCUCGGCUCAGGCAGUGGGAGGAACGUGGGGAGCGCAGGGGCAGGCGCAGCCCCUGCCCACCGCUGCCCUCGCCUCUUUUUGGUGCCUAAAAUGCUGUUUUCCGUAAAAAAGGAGUUAAAGGAGCACAUUGAGACGCAUUCAAAAGCCAGUGGCUGUUGAAUUGCUUGUUACCGGGCUUUUCUUUUCGGUUUAGGAGAGAUGGGAAUAGAAAUUUUUGCCUUUGUGAACGGCGCAAGAAGCAGCAGGAGCUGCUGCCGAAUUGUACGAGAAGUGUAUUUUGAAUAAGGAGUUUGAUUAGCGCAACGUGGGCACAAUAUUGAAAAGCUCGUCGUGGUGGCAUCUUUAUCAGCAGCGCGUUUCCUUUUAUAAUAUGAUUUUUGCUUUAGAUUUUUGCAUUUCUCUGCCACGCGAAUCUUUAUUUCCUGUAGCCUCUCCAUAGGAAGGGUUCAAGUAUUCAAGAGACAUUAAAGGUAAAUUUUGAGGUGGUUUAAGCAGGGCUCUCCACGACUACGAGCCACCAGGAGCUGAAAUUUUCAGUAUGGGAAUCGUAAAUUCUAACAUGGAAAUACUGAUUUCUUUAUGGGUUUUAUCAUAUUUUCAUGGAUGUCUCUUUAGAAAGGCCAUUGCUGGCCAAAAAAUUAUGAUGUUACCAUACGUUAGUUAAUAUAGUAUUAUUGAUAUCUUGGAAUUACUUCAAUAAAAAAACUGCUUUGCAUGUGCAA